AUGGCUUUCCACAAAAACCUGGUCGCUGUCGUCGAGCCUGGGCGGCUCCCGCUGUAUGCGCUCGAACCAGACGGCUCUUUCACCUCGGAUCUCGACCCCGACAUCAUGUACUUCGAGGACAGAGUCUCAUCCGCAGCGCUUGAAUAUUCACGUGAAUGUGCAUCGCGUGCAAAAUGCACCCAUUCCGGGCGAUGCCCUCCAUCCGCCCUGCACGUUGCGCUGUGCGAUAAAAACGGACUGCACGUGUACGUUAUCGCCCUCCAAACAACGGGCGGCGAAUACACCCCCGUGCAUCGGUGGUCCUCACGGAAUGUGUUAGAACGGAGACGCUACUGCAAGACGUUCACGCUCGCUCCGUCUUUUGGAUCCGAGUGCCGCUCGGUGUCGUACAUCGCAGAAAGCGGGUCGAACGAGGGUUACUUCACGCUCAUGACUACUCUUCUUCCCGCCAUUUGCGACACACGUACCUCGGAUGAGGCUGUGGCGAUGUCAGCCAAGCUGACGGGUGCCAACAUGCCCGCGCUGUACUUCGCGCCCGUGCGCGACUUUGACGACGCGCUCGGGCUGCUUGUCGUCGGCAACGCGUUUGGCGAGCUCGUUCUGUUCAGUUUUGAUAAUGCCGCGCAUUUGCAGAGGUUCGCAGGGUACCUGUGA